AUGUGCAGAUUGUUGAGCAUCGAACAUCCACGGACCCCUAAUGGCAAGACAUGGGCGGUUAUGGACAGCAUGGCGUAUCAGUACGCCACGGGUUACAACAAGCCGUUCCAGCACGGCAAGGGGGAAAGUCUGCUCGCCGUCGACUUUCUGGCCAUACCGGUUUUCAAGGGAAACCACUACUCGCUCAUCAUCGUGUGCGAGCCGGCGAAGUUGUUCCGCAAGGACGGGGAGGGUGAUGGGGACAAGCUGCAGAUGGUCCUGUUCGACAGCGAGGGCACACAUGCCGGGGAUCCUACCGUCUUUGAUGGCGCGAAGCUCCCAUGCACUGACACACAUGCCCACUCUUCCAUGCAGGCGCACCAGCUCAUCAGGCAGGACAAUCUGGUUGACUGUGGCGUAUUCUUGUGCCACUACUUGCGCGGACUCGUAGAGUCAGACUUCUCAACGGUGCUGAAGUAUCUGUAUUUGGACGGCGUGAGCGGUGGCCAGUACCGCCGGCGCAUGCGUGCGGAUCUGAGCGCGCAUGCAGCUUGUGAGCUCGUACCAGCGCUGACCACACGGGGGAAGAUCGUUCCACCGCAGUAUGCACCUCGGACAUCGGAAAUCGGCGCUGUGAGGGCGUCGGACGAGGUGGACAUGAGGAGCCGUCUCGCUCAGUACCAGGUCGAGGUGUACGGACUACGGAGGGAACUUGUCAUCUGGGGCGCGGCAGUGACCGCGCUCGGGAACGCCAUGGGGUACAGCAGAGAUCAGAUGCUCGCAGCUGCCGCGUACGUGGUGAAGACGGACGGAGGGGCUUAUCGGAGCAUUGAACCCGGGGGAUCACCCUCUACGCCGCCUCACCUGCCUACUGAGCGGACCGGUGGCCCCCUCCCCGCCGAACCCUGUGGCGCGCAAUCGUGUGCGAAGGGUGGGGGGGGAAGUGGUGGGUCCUCACAGUACACCGGGGUGCGGCGAGAGAAGAAGAGGGGGACAUGGAGCGCGAAGAUAUUGGUGAGGGAGCCUGCUACAGCAUCCGCUGCGCCAGAGACUUCAGUGGCGGAGGCACCUCAGGCAGAGGUGGAGAUAAGCGUCGGUGCGGGCGAUGAGGACAUCGAGAGUGAGAGCGAGGCACGCCCGGCGCCCUCCCGGUCGAAGAACUUGGCCUCUGUGAUGGCAGAGUCACAGGCGACUGCCACCACCAGGCCCCGUCCUCCGCCCGUGCGUGUGCCGGACAACCCUUUUGUGGCCAUGCCUGUAGCUGGGUCGUCUCGUGACCCGACAGCGCCCGGGGAGGAGACACACAUUCUGAUUAGUCGCGCGGAGUUCGAGGCCUUGAAGAAGGCGCAAGAAGCGAGCGCGCGCACCGUGGCCCGUCUUGAAGAGGAGCUGAGGUCUGCUAAGGCUGUGCAGGCGCGUGCACCCCCUCGCAGGCCGGACGAGCAUGUCUCGGGGAGCGGUGGUGCUUCUGGUCGGAAGCGGAAGCGUCGGGAAGAACUCGCCGAUGAGGAGACAUCCGACGAGGAGAGCGAGGAUGAGCCACCCACCAAGAGGGGGCAUCUGAGGGUGUCCAAGUCACCGGUCCUGCAGCGGGCGCUGAAUUUUCUGCCCGCAAACAAGUCGUGGAAGCGCGCGUGCGACCUGGUGAAAGAUUACCUCUUCUUUGAGAAGGAGAACGCCCGGAUCACGUUCUAUCCGAGCAGCGACGACAAGACGGUGGGAGUGUGUGCAGUGAUCGAGCGCCUGCCUUUCGAUUUCGCGACACUUGCUCUGGCUGCGGACAAGGCAAGACGGUCGGAUUUGAACAAGGCCCUUAGCGAGUGGAAGUCGGGCGCAGCAGGAAGGACGCGGGACAUCUCGUGUCCACGGAUGGGGCUUUUCCGCGACGAGCGAGAUACGCGCAGCCCAUGGGCCACGAAGAAGGACCGUACUCUGGAGGAGAUACGAUCGCAUUAUGGGCUGCUGCUCGGCGUUGACGAUCCCCUGGCAUUGUCCAAGUUUGGGAACGAUCGGGAGGGGAUGCCGUUCGCCUCUGGCGCAUUCGUGGCAUGCGCGGUUGCGGCAUUCAAGCCGAAGAAGGUGGUCGGGCCACUGACGGUGAAGCUUUACCACCUGGCGUGGCUGGAGCAUGUGGUGACCGACACGCUGGUGAACUGGGAGGCGAGGAAGGGGCGACUGUCGAACUCUGCCUGUGGAAACGCGCAGGUGGUCGAUGGGCUCGUGAUCCUUGCGCGUGAGGCAGUGUCGAACGCGAUCAGAAUCUUCAAGCCUAAGUACGACGUCGCCUCGUGCUCGUGGACCUGGGGGCGCCAUGGCCUUCGACUGUCCUCGUGCGGGCUGGAGGACUUAAUUCCAGCGACUGCCGCUACCCGUGAUGGGGCAGAGGUUCAGGCGGACGAGAUCUCUGGGUCGCUUGGAGGCCCGUAA